AUGUCUGCUAUCAUUACUCUUUCUAGAAAUGAAACAAUUUAUCAGCAAUUACUUACCCAUUGCCAUAACGAAUUCCAAAAAACUUACUGGAAAUGGUUUAUUUCUUUAAGUGAAAUUCCACGUCCAAGUUAUCAUUGUGAAUUAUUCUCUGAAUGGGUAUUAAAACAAGCUAACAGAUUAAGUCUUCAAGCAAAACGUGAUAGUUUUAAUAAUGUUUGUGUUCAUAUACCUGGAUCGAAAUCACAUGAAAAUGCACCACAUGUUAUUCUUCAAGCUCAUAUGGAUAUGGUUGCUAGUGUUAUUGAUGGAAAGGAUUUUGAUUUUGAACAUACCCCAAUUACUUUACAAGUUCAUGACACUUAUAUUUCUGCUGAUGGAACAACACUUGGAUCAGAUGAUGGUGCUGGUUUAGCUUGUUUACUUGCGCUUAUGGAACUUCAUCAAAAAUUUGAACAUGCUCCUAUAGAGGCAUUGUUUACUGUUGAUGAAGAACCUGGAUUACUUGGUGCAAUGGAGUUAAAAGAAGGAGAGUUAUUUGACUCUGCAAAGUAUUUGAUUAAUGUUGAUUCAGAAGACUGGGGAGAAGUUUGCAUUUCUUCUGCUGGUUGUGCUCAAAGAAAUAUGACAUUCCCAAUUAAAAGAGAAGAAGUUUGUGGAGAUAUGGUUACUAUUACAUUAGAAGGAUUUAAAGGAGGGCAUAGUGGUGCAGAAAUUCAACACCAAAGAGCUAAUGCAUUAAAAUGGAUUAUUCAACUACUUCUUCAUGAUUGUCCAAUCACUGAAAAAAUCAGAAUUGUUGAUUUUAAGGCAGGUCAUGUAGACAACGCUAUUCCAACAAAAGCGUUUAUGUCUGUUAUUGUUCCUGAUGGUGAACUACUUGAAAAGAAAAUAAAAAAGUAUCAUCAAGCUUAUUCUGUUUUAUACAACGGUGCUGAAGAAGGCAAUCCUUCAAUUACUACCUCAAUUAAAAAGGGAGUUACUAGAAGUGCUGUCCCAAUUACAGCAUCAGCUAAUAUAUUAUUCUUAUUAAAUUACUUGACUCAUGGUGUUGUUAGAUUUUCACCUGAUGUUCCAGAUUUAGUAGAAACUUCCAAUUCUCUUUCUAUUGCUAAAUUAGAUGAAAAAGAACUAUUUGUUUGCACAUUAGCUCGAAGUUCUGAUAAUAAUUAUUUAAAAGAUAUUACUGAGUUUAUUGAAGAGAUAGCAAAACUUCAUGGAGGUUCUAUUUCUAUUCCAACUCCAGAUGUUGGAGGUUGGCCAGCUAAACCACAAUGUCAUUUAGUAGAUGAAAUAUUAAGAGUUUAUAAAAAAUUAUAUAAUGAAGAAAUGAAAGUUGUUGCUAUUCAUGCAGGAUUAGAGAAUAGUAUUAUUUUAAAUCAAUACCCCUCAUUUGAUCUUGAGUCUGUUAGUAUUGGACCAACUUGUAAGAACGUUCAUACUCCAGACGAAACUAUUGACAUCGAAUCAGGAAAUAAGUUAUUGGAUCUUAUUUGCACUUUACUCUCUGAACUAGUAUAA